GGCUCCUCCUGCUACUUGUCUCGUUGCGGUAACAGUCUGAGUCAUUCUCAUUACAGCAUUGCUUGUGGUUAAUCAAUCCCUGAGGAGCCAGAGCGCUGUGAACACGGCUGCGCCAUGCACCUAGCACCCACAGACACCCUUUCCCCCAACAACCCCAGGAAGCGCCAGCUGGCGGCGCCUCGCUGCGCACCCGGCCCGCCCAGCCGCUCCUUUCCCUUCCGUUCCCCGGCACCGCCCAGAGCUGCCGCUCGCCCGGGCCGGCCGCGGUAGUGGCCUCAUGGCGGCGGCUAGUGGCGGUGGCAGCGGCCUGCUGCCCUUCCUGCGGCUGCUGGGGCAGCUCAAGAGAGUACCGCGGACAGGAUGGGUGUACAGGAACGUGGCAAAGCCAGAGAGCGUAGCCGAUCAUAUGUACAGAAUGGCAGUGAUGGCUUUGGUGGCUGAAGACAAAAGCCUUAACAAGGACAGAAGCAUACGAUUAGCUUUGGUCCACGAUAUGGCUGAAUGCAUUGUUGGAGACAUUGCUCCUGCAGAUAAUAUCUCAAAGGAGGAGAAACACAGGAGAGAAGAGGCAGCUAUGCGACAACUGACCCAGCUUCUACCAGAGGACAUCGGAAAAGAAAUCUAUGAACUCUGGGAAGAAUAUGAAAACCAGAGUACUGCAGAAGCCAAGUUUGUAAAGCAGUUGGAUCAGUGUGAGAUGAUACUGCAAGCAUUUGAAUAUGAAGAGUUGGAAAACACACCUGGCAGACUGCAGGAUUUUUACAAUUCAACUGCUGGGAAGUUUGUUCACCCUGAAAUACUCCAGCUUGUAUCUCUGAUCAACACAGAAAGGAAUAAAAAAGUAGCUGCUACAUCUCCUCCCCAUUCCUGAGGCAUUCCUAAACACUGUAGCUAUAAUAAAUACUUUGUUUUAUAUUC